AUGGCUGUCAUCUGGGGCCUCGACCUGCACGACAUGCAGUGGAGCAAGUUCAAGAGCUCCUACAUGUGGAACAACGAGUACCAUCUGCGCCGUACCAAGUUUAUCGUUUACCAGCUGGCGAUGAUAUUCUGCGUUGUUUCGGAAUCACUCGGCACAGCCGUACUGUCCGACUACCGUGACCAGCAAUCCUACAUCGAGAACAAGACCGGUCUCAACGCCAGUGUCUACAACAACGACUACAUUGGCGCUGGCUCGUACAACAUCUUCGUCGGCGUCUUCGUGGCCACCAUCUUCGGCGCCGCCUUCUUCUUCGACCUCUUCUGGCCCGAGCGGUACGAGUCCCCUGCCGUCAAGCUCGCCUGGCGCAUCUGUAGCGUGCUGGCCUGCAUCUUCUGCCUGUCGUCCGCCAUCACCUUCACCGUCAUCACGGCGUGCUUCCGCGCCCACGUCGAGAUCCGCCCCGGCAGCGACGUGACGCCCGAGCAGGCCCGCCAGCUCAUGAAUGAGUUUGGCAAGGGUCCGCUCGAGUACCACAACAGCCCACGCGCAGUUGCGAGUCUGGUGUUUUUGUGGCCUGGCUUUAUCUUCACUGUGGCUAGCACCGUCCUGAUGUGGUUCUCCAUCGCCCAUGACGACAAGUUCGGCCCCAAGUCGACGCAUGCGCGCGAGAGCGAAAAGGGUUACGCCUCUCACAUCAACGGCAGCGAUGAUGUUGCCGUCGGAGCUGGUGCUUCGGACGCGCAGGGCUCCCGUCUGGGCCACGCGCCCAACUACCCCCAGCAGGCGCACACGACCGGACAGCCGCCGGCGUACGAGGGUGUCUAA